CCGUCGCUUUGUUUAAGUCUCGACAAGUUGCAAAAAUAUUUUCUGGUGGUUUGGGUAAUUGUACGAGAUGCUUCACUAAUCCAAGACCCAGGCCACGAUUGCUACCGGUUAUUAAAAUUGAUUUCAUUUCUUUUUUUAACUUUUUAUUCCGAUACACGAAGCACCUUUCGAAUAUUUCUUUUUUCUCAUGGAACGGACUUUUCUAAUUUCGCGUUAGCUAGAACGCGUGCGGGAAUACUAACGAAACAAUAUUGCGUGGACCGUUUUAAUCGUUAAAACGAGCAUCAUCAGUGUGACGUCACGUGCUCGUAAAACGAGCGCGAUAAUCAUGGCGACUUUAAUACUACUCGCCGCGAGGCUCGUGUCAUCUCGAACAUCGCACAGCAAAUUAUUCGAGUUGUCACAUACUGGAUGCAACUUCUUUUAUGGGAAAGCCGCAAUGGCUUGCAUGUGCAGUGAGUGCCGAUAGCACAUCUUAUGUCUCAACAUAAUUUUAAUUAUGACCUUUUGGUCAUUGGCGGAGGAUCGGGUGGUUUAGCAGCAGCGAAAGAGGCUGUUGAACUUGGAGCAAAAGUUGCAGUAUUAGAUUUUGUUACUCCGUCUCCAAGAGGAACUACGUGGGGCUUAGGUGGUACUUGUGUCAAUGUAGGAUGUAUACCAAAAAAAUUGAUGCAUCAAGCUGCAUUACUUGGCGAGGCUAUACAUGAAGCACAGUCUUUUGGUUGGGUGUUGCCUGAUUCAAAAACUAUCGUAAACAAUUGGACAAAUUUAAAAGUUGCUGUACAAAAUCACGUUAAGUCAGUUAACUGGGUAACACGUGUAGAAUUAAGAACGAAAAUGGUAGAUUAUAUCAAUGCUCUGGGAUAUUUCAAAGAUGCUCAUACCAUAGUCGGUAUAUUGAAAAAUGGAGAAGAAAAAAUUAUUACCGCAGAAAAUAUCUUAAUUGCGGUAGGUGGAAGGCCAAAGUACCCUGAUAUUCCUGGUGCUUUAGAAUAUGGUAUUAGCAGUGAUGAUAUUUUCAGUUUAGAAAAUGAACCAGGAAAAACUCUUGUUGUUGGUGCAGGAUAUAUUGGAUUAGAAUGUGCAGGAUUUUUGAAUGGUUUAGGUUAUGAUACAACAGUAAUGGUACGUUCAAUUGUGCUUAGAGGAUUUGAUCAACAAAUAGUUAACAUGGUAGCUGAAGAAAUGAAAAAUCGUGGCGUUCAUUUCAUUUAUCAAGCUAAGCCUAAGAAAAUUGAUAAACAAGCUGAUGGUCGUCUUUUAGUUGAUUGGGUUGAUAAUGAGGGAAAAGUUCAUCAAGAUGUUUAUGACACUGUUUUGUUUGCUAUUGGUCGCCAAGCUCUUACAAAAGAAUUAAAACUUGAAAAUGCUAAAGUUAAAGUUCUUUCUGAUAAUGGCAAAAUUGACGCGGACAAUGAGCAAACGAACGUACCGAAUAUUUAUGCAGUCGGUGAUGUGCUUCAUAAAAAGCCUGAAUUGACACCCGUUGCUAUACACGCGGGAAAACUCUUAGCUAAAAGAUUGUUUGGUAAUUCGAAGGAAAAAAUGGAUUAUACAAAUGUAGCCACGACUAUAUUUACUCCUUUAGAAUAUGGUUGUGUUGGACUUAGUGAAGAAGAUGCUAUAUCUAAACAUGGAGCAGACGAAAUAGAAGUUUAUCACGCAUAUUAUAAGCCUACAGAAUUUUUCUUGCCUCAGAAAGAUGUUUCUCAUUGUUAUGUUAAGGUCAUUGCAUUUAGAAAUGGUGAUCAGAGAAUUUUGGGCAUGCAUUUUAUUGGUCCAAAUGCUGGUGAGGUAAUCCAAGGUUUUGCGGCAGCUAUUAAAAGUAACAUAACAUUCCCAAUACUUAAAUCUACAGUUGGUAUUCAUCCAACUAAUGCUGAGGAAUUUACACGUAUACAUAUUACUAAACGUUCAGGAUUAGAUCCUAAGCCACAAAGUUGUUGUAGUUAAACUGAAUACAGUCUUAAAGGAUGUACUUUUAGCUACUGCUAUUAAAGAAUAGUUUACAAGGCGAUUUACGAUAUAUCUUUAAAGUGACCAAUAAUAGAAUGGAUAUCUACUUAAAUAACAAAACAAAUGAAUUGGAUUUAAUGCAUUCUUUUUACAUAAAUCGAUCAAAAGAGGAAAAAAAAAAAGAAAAAAAAAAAAAUAUUGUUAUUUUAUAUGAUCAUAUAUUGCAGUGCAUAAAAAGUUAUAAGAAAUGAAACAACAAGUUUAUAAAUUACUUUAUACAAUAAAAAAAUAUCUACUGUAUAAUGUUUAUCGUAACUUUAUCAUUUUGUCUGAAUAAAUAAGAAUGAUUAUAUAACA